AUGGAAACUGCUCAUCGAACGGGAUUUUCAACGAUAAUGAACCCAACAUAUUUUGCUCUUGCAAGUGCAUUUGGGGUGUUUGUAGUCUCUUUAAUCCAAAAAAUACACCAUAAGAUAAUAGUGAUGGUUUAUCCAUUCACUCUUAUAAUAAAUGCAUUUGUCUUUUAUAAGUCACUUUAUCUCUUGAUUGUAAUAGCAAAGGUAUAUAUGAACGACACGUUAUGUAGUAAGAAUGGGAACAAAUACAAUGGGAUCAGUGGACACUACUUUACUUAUGUCUUUCUCUACGUCGUUUUGUUUCACCUUUUAAACACCAUCCAAUACACAAUCAAGUCACCUCUUAAGACAGUAUGCUGGGAAUGUAUAGAAUAUCCCUUACCGUUAAAGAAUGCUCUUCUGACGUGGUCUUCAGUCAUUCAAUUUCAACCAUCGUUCCAAAUGACUCUAGCUUUACUCUUGACAUUCUCGUACAGCGUCUUUGCUUGGGGAAGUUUAACUGACACGAUAGUCAUUGGCUACCACACACCACAACAAACUCUUUUGGGUCUCAUUUUUGCGAUAUUGGCAGUAUUGUUGUAUUUACUCUUCGUCGAAAUUCCUUUUGUCUUUCAAGCACUUCUGAACUUUGUAUCACUCACUAUUCUGACACUUGCACUUUCGUUCGUUAAAAAUCAAAACGCAGCGGAUUACACUGUCGUUGUCGCUGUUGUUGCGGUGGUCCUUUCUGUAAUAAACAAACAAUGCGACAAAAUGGAAAAUCGGUAA